CUCUUCAUCCCCUCUUUGACCUGAGCUUUCACCACUCGCCAGACACGCGCACAUACGCCCGCAAAGCUGGCCUCGUAAGCCCAUCAUGUCUUUUGACUUUCUCUCGAUGAUCCAGCUGAUUGCGGACAGCGACCCAGCCGUCAGGCCAGCGCGCUUCCACACCAACUAUAAUCCCGUCAAGAUGGGCAACAUGGCAGAUAUCGCGUACGGCGGCUGCGCUAUAGCUGUAGCUGUGAAUGCGGCCAUUGCGACCGUCGAAGCUGAAAGUCAAAGGCGAGAUAGCAGCGCUUCUGCAAAAGGCAAGUCGACCGCAGCAAAGAGCAAAGCGGUGUACGCUCUUUCUGGCAAUUACUUGGGGCCGGCGCGAGCGGACAGGCCGUUCAUUGCGGAUGUCGAAUCUCUGCGGGAUACCAAGACCUUUACCACCAUUCUGGUGCGGUUGAAGCAGCGCCUCGACUCUGGAGAAGAGAGGAGCUGCUUGGUGACCAUCGUAGACUUUGUGGCUCGGUCGGACCUGCCUGAGGCUCAGCGCAACAUCCUCACCUACAAUGCCGCACCUCCAAAAGUCGCGCAUCACUCCGACUUGCCCCUGGCAUCCGAGUGGCAGGAGGAGCGCGUUCGCAACAACCUCGUACCUCGAAAGACGCUGGACAUGUCCAAAGUCUUUUUUGGCAGAUUUAUGGACAUCGUGAACAGCAAGUUUCCAGACGAUAGCAUCUUGGGUCCGAAUUUGUACGGUCUCUUGCGCGACUUUGAGACGAAGCAGGAGCAUCUGUCCAUCCCAGAGAAGAACAGCACGGAUUGGUUUCAGUCCACAGUAAAGCUCAAUGAAAGAAAGGAUGGAGAUUAUACCGCCACGAAUGCCCUUUUGCCAAUCUCGACGUACGCUGCAAACAUCAGCCUCGCGUCGUUCUUCUUGGAUGGCGCCUUGGCAUUCUUGGGUCUCAGCUUCUCUCACCGCUGGCUCGCAGAUGCAGGGGCAUGCUCUUCGCUCGAUUUCAGCCUCCGCUUUCACGUCGACGAUUUUGAUCUGGCGCAGUGGCACUUGCGAGAGGUCAAGACGCACUUGAGCACGCAUGAGAGAACGUACAAUGAGGGCAGAAUGUGGGAUGAGCAAGGCAGACUCGUCGCAACCAUGACCCAAGUCGGAGUGCUCAGGAAAUUGCCUGAAAGGUCGCAGAAGCAGGAGAAACUCUAACUCCUCGGGAUCACGGAAACGCACAUCGCGGAACAGCACGACGAUCGUGCUGAUGAUCCUGAGCACUGGGACGCAAAGCGCCCAUCAUAGAAACACCUCGCUGGCACGAGUGCCAGACUGGUGUGGUGGAGCCGCCUGGGAAGGGGGAAAAAGACGGAACGUUCGUCAGAUUCCCCAGACGAAAACUGUAAUUCGCUGCCCUGACUCGUGGUCUGGCCAUGUUGACUCUCCCAAGACUCUCGAGCGUGGACCCAGUGCGCGUGUAGGUGCUCUUGCGAAUCAAGUGGCUGACACGACGUCGGCGUCCCACGAGUGCUGUAAGCAAGCGCGCAGCACCGUGCCGUCCAUCCCCUCCGCCACAUUUGUAAUUUUUCUCGGGAAAAAAUAAUCGCACCAAUCGUCUUUGUGGAACGCU